UAGCAGCAGCAGCAGCAGCAGCAACAACAGCAACAGCAGAAAAAAAACCUCAAAGAAAAACAGACAAUAGCACAAAACAGCUUCGGCACAUUAGCCUGAGUGGCAGCCAUGCUGUAAAUUGUACAGGACUAGACCGCAAAUACGCUUUUGGAUAAUAUCAAAAAGCAAUCGAGCUUUCUAGAAGGUUCUAGAAACCAUGGAUUCCAAACACAAGGCUCUUCUAAUGCACCAUCGCCCCUUCCUGGCUCGGAACAUCGUCUGGUCAUCCCCGUUAGUUGACCAGCUCAAAGCUCAAGGACUGCUCACAGACUUCAUGCUUAAGGACAUUGAGGCCUGUACCAGCCGUGAAGACAAAGUGAAAAAGUUCAUCGACGUUCUUCCCCUCAAGGGAAUGCACUCCUUCAACAAGUUUCUGGACAUUCUACAGACUUCUGGUCACGUCUUCAUUGCGGACUUCCUCCGGGAAGAUGAAGAGUUUCAGAAACUGUUCGAUGUACAAGACAUGUACAAACAACUCCCGUUUGUACGACGAGCCUUCAACGAGACGGAGAGGAAGCAGAUAGAAACCUAUAUGUCCGAAAGGAUCGAGGCCCAAGUUCUCAAAUUGCUGUGGAAACGAGACACAAGAGAGAAAGACAAGGCUCUGGAAGCGAAACAGUUGCAGAUAGAGCAGGCGUAUGAAUAUGAGGAGCAGUUCAAGGUGAAGGCCGACACGAUAGCCAAGCUGGAACAGGAAGUACACGCGGCGCUGGACGAUAAGACGGAACUGAAGGCCAAGCUGGCAGCCUUGAGCGCUGCGCACAGAGAAAUGGAGAAAAAACACAAGGAAACCCUGGCCAUUCAGAUGAAGUACAAUCUUGCAAACGACAACGCCGUGCAAAGAGCCAAUGAGAGGAUCGCCAUGCUGGAGAGCGUGCUGAGAGCUGUGAAAACGAAACUAGACAACGCCCUCAAGUUGUACAAAGAGAAAAACGAACAGGUGUCGGGGUCAGACGUGGAAGACGACAAGAAAGAAAUGCAGAAAGCUCAAGGGGAAUACUUUUUCAUGUCCGAAGAUGUGGAUUUGUUUGUGCGGAAAUUCAAAAGUUUGACAGAGGUAAAAAAACUCUACGACAAACUUCUGGAGGAGAGAGACUACAUUCUAAUUCAUUUCGGUUGGGAUAUUACCCAGAACAACAAAAAGGCGGCCGGGGUGAAAUUCGAUCAGAACCAAGAACCAAGCCUCAUAGACGCUUACAAAUCGUUUGCUGUGAGAAACGAGGAAAACAUCCAACAAAUGAGGAGUGAGAUUGAGAAAUAUGGCGGCAUGCUGCAGGAGAAUAAGACGAAGCUGGACGACAUCACAAAAGAGAAAGAAGAUCGUUCGAAAAAGUUUGCCUUGGGGACGUCUACCUGGCAGAGCGCCAUUAUGAACGUCAUGCGAAAGCAGCUUCAGGAUGUGAAGACGGACAUGCGCAAGAAAGAAUCCCUCAUGUCUAUGCAGGAGGAAGAGAUGAACAAGUUGAAGAACAAGAUAUCCGAAUUAGAAUCCCAGCCGGCCGCCAAGGAGCAAGCGUCCUCUGGGAACGCCCGCGACGCGACAGAUGGACUGGCGUCUGCACUCUCCACAGACAGUCUAGACAGAAUCAAUGUGGAGACGCCUAAGCCAAUCAGAGGCCGGAAUCUUCCCCCUCUCAAAUCCUCCUAUCAGAACAACCACCACAAGCCCAGCGCCUCUGGAAAUAUGAGUCCGAGGCAGUCAUUGGUCAAACCCACUCGCCCCGCCCCCGCAGUGAUGGCACGUCACUUGCUCCCGGAGCAGACAGGAAAUAUGGUGACGUACCCCAUGGGUCCCAUCACCACGCAGAUGAACCCGCAGACACGGAACCUCGGGAUGAAGCCUCCCCAGAUGGGCUCUGUGCUGGGAGAUCUCAAAGCCAUGAACAAACACCACAAUAAAACAUUUCACGACGAGGGUCGCUCAGGGCUCAGGAGAAGCAACAACAACCUCACCAUAAAGUGAACGAAACAGUCACUAUCACCAUAUCAUCAAAAAGUGAAUAGAGGUCAACACCAUCACCAUCCCAUUAUAAAGUGAACGAAGAAGUCACUAUCACCAUAUCAUCACAAAGCGAAUAGAGGUCAACACCAUCACCAUCUCAUUAUAAAGUGAACGAAGAGGUCACUAUAAACCAUAUCAUCAUAGAGCGAAUAGAGGUCAACACCAUCACCAUCUCAUUAUAAAGUGAACGAAGGAGUCACUAUCACCAUAUCAUCAUAAAGCGAAUAGAGUUCAACACCAUCACCAUCUCAUUAUAAAGUGAACGAAACAGUCACUAUCACCAUAUCAUCAAAAAGCGAAUAGAGGUCAACACCAUCACCAUCUCAUUAUAAAGUGAACGGAGGAGUCACUAUCACCAUAUCAUCACAAAGCGUAUAGAGGUCAACACCAUCACUAUCUCAUUAUAAAGUGAACGAAGAAGUCACUAUCACCAUAUCAUCACAAAGUGAAUAGAGGUCAACACCAUCACCAUCUCAUUAUAAAGUGAACGAAGGAGUCACUAUCACCAUAUCAUCAUAAAGCGAAUAGAGUUCAACACCAUCACCAUCUCAUUAUAAAGUGAACGAAACAGUCACUAUCACCAUAUCAUCAAAAAGCGAAUAGAGGUCAACACCAUCACCAUCUCAUUAUAAAGUGAACGGAGGAGUCACUAUCACCAUAUCAUCAAAAAGCGAAUAGAGGUCAACACCAUCACCAUCUCAUUAUAAAGUGAACGAAGAAGUCACUAUCACCAUAUCAUCAUAAAGUGAACAGAGAUCCACACUAUCACCAUCUCACCAUAAAGUGAACAAAGACCACAACAGCAUCAUCACCAUUAAAUUAAUGAAGACCCUACGACCAUCUCACCGUAAAAGUAACAGAGAUAGACACAGAAACCUCACCAGUUGGCGUCGUUGCCAACUUGCCAUAGAGUGUACAAAAAAUAAAUAUAUCACCUUUCACCAUAAAGUAAACAGAAACACACCCCAUCACGAUCUCAGUAUUCAGAGGCCGACACCAUCAACAAAUCGCCUUAAAGUGAACAGAAACCAACGACUCCGCCACCAUCUUAUUUAUGAACCAGGCCUACGUCAUCUCACCAGAAAUUGAAAAGAAACCAACUCCCUCACCAUCUCACCAUUUAUCAAUUAAUAGAAAGCACUAUCAUAACAACCUGAACAUAAAGUGAACGAAGUCAAUGUCAUCACCUUCUCACCAUAAAAAGGACAGAUACCAACCCCAUCACCAUCUCACCAUAAAGGGAACAAAAUCCAACACAACAACCUCAAUAUAAAUUAUAUAAAGCCCCCCCCUCCCCCUCCCCCUCCCGCAUUCUCAUAAACAAUGCCCCUCCUCUUUCAUUCUAGCAACCAACACCACCCACAACUGUCCUACUAUGCUACUAUGAACAAGUGUAAAUGUGUUUUGACUAGCAGAAAAAGUUCUGUUAAUCGUUGCUGGACAAAUCAAACAAACCCAAGUAUUAUUGACCGGUCUUUGAUCCUGUGGUAAUGGCUUCGACUUCUGAUCGAUGCCAAUAGGUCACUUUGUAUGCACAAUCGACAGGCCAGACUUACGUUUAAGCAUAGUUGAUUAUAUUAUUUUCUCAUGAGAGUUUUUAAGUCGAUAUCUAUCAUGAGGUUUUGUACAUAAAAUAAACGCUGAAUUUCGGUCUGUCAAAUUAAUUUAAAACACUUUUUACUUAGUUUCCAUUAUAUGGAAUAUGUUAAAUCUGGAUGUGUUUUUUACUCCUUGAGAGAUUUGUUUGAAGUUUGAAAUGUGAACUGUAAACCUCCUUUUAUGAAUGAAAGCGUGUUCAGAUGAAGUGUGUGUGUUUGUGUGUGUGUGUGUGUGUGUGUG